AUGAAUCUUACAGCAAUGAACCAAAGCGAUGUCUGUCAGGAAUAUUCAUGUCCAGAGAGAUCUGUUUCUUUUUCUGUCUAUGUGAUUCUGUAUGUGGCUGCAGCAGCUGUGUCUCUUCUAACCAUGUGUGGAAACCUGCUGGUCAUCAUCUCUGUUAGUCACUUCAAGCAGCUCCACACACCUGCCAACAUCCUCAUCCUCUCUUUGGCUGUGUCUGAUCUUCUGGUGGGAGUUUUUGUGAUGCCAUUUCACUUAUCGUGGCUUAUUGAAUCAUGUUGGAUUUCUGGCCCAGUGAUGUGUUCAGUUUUCAGUUUUGUGACUUUUCAGGCGACAAGCGUGUCUGUUCAUACUGUGGCUCUGAUAGCAGUUGAUCGGUUUUUGGCUUUAAGUUCUCCUUUUCUUUACUCUGAGAAGAUCUCACCCAUUGUCAUCUGCAUAGCAACUUUAUUUAACUGGCUGUUUUCACUCCUUUAUAACUUUACUCUUCUUUUUGUUAAUGGAAAUUUCACUGGUGUCAAGUGUCCAGGAAUAUGUAUUGCUGUUAUAGAUGGGGUUUCAUCUCUCAUUGAUCUCCUGUUUGUGCUUCUUAUGCCUUGUACACUCCUGAUAUUUGCUUUAAAAGGCACGGUUUAUCAGUAUUCAAUACUUCCGUUCUCCCUGGCCCUGUCUCCCCGCACCUUUUCAAAGUGUGUGGACGCAGCAGAAUGCGCAUCUUGA